UUAGAGGACUGCAAGGCAGACAUUCUUCUUCCUCCUUUCUCUCUCCUCUCUUCCCACGUAGAGAGAGAGGGAAAGAGAGGAAGGCUCCCCACUGUCCCCUCUUUUCUACCAAGAACCAUAUUUCGCCCUCCAAUCUUUGCUGCGGAUUCUAGCACACCUUUUGAUCAGUUUUUCUCCAGAGUCUCAGUUUGGGCAAUUUGAAGCUUCCUGGGCAAGUUUCCGCGCUGAUAUUUGUCUUCCUUCUGAAACAAAGGUUGCAUCUUUCUUGCAUUGGCAAUCCCAAUCCCGCAUCUUUCAACAAGUUGUGUCAUUUGGGUGCCUUGGUGUUGCCGAGACGUACUAUAGGUUUUCUCAAGCUAAAUGUUGCAUAUGAAUUUUGAUGAACAUUGAUCUCCAAUGGCUGCGAAAACUGGUGUGAGGUCUCAAGACUUCUCGCAGCGGUUCUGGUACACCUUGUCCCGUGCGAUCAGUGAGCUCUGCGUGAUCAUAUUGCUCCAUGUGGCUGCUACAACAUCAUAUGUGGCCACAAGGUUGGCACACAUCAGCAGGCUAAGGGCGCCAUGCACCAUGUGCUCAAGACUGGACCAAGCCCUCCAUGGCAAGGCAUGGUUCUCCGCUGAUUUGGUGUGUGCUGCCCAUAGGACCGAGAUAUCAUCUUUGGCAUACUGCAAGAGUCACAACAAUCUUGCACAUUCUGCUGAUCUCUGCAAGAGAUGCCUUGCUGCAUGCACCCUGGCAGGCUUUGUCGAUGAGGUUAAUUCUUGGUCCGGAUCGAGGUCUAGACAGUUAUGUUCUUGCUGUUUGGAGCCAUUCAAGAAGGCGUGCAACGCACAAAAGCUUUAUGAAACUGCGGAUGUUAAGGAGCCCUCACAUAAUGUGCAUGGUUCAGACGAAAUCAAGCAGAGGAGCCAAGUUGCUGUGAUAGAAAAAAUCAAUCCUUCCAUGCCACCCAAGGUUGUACCUGAACAGGUCUCUACAGAUCAUUCAAAAGUUAAAGUGGGUAUUGAGGAAGUCAGGGAGUCAGAUGCUUCACCAGGCGCAUAUGAACAAUCUACGAAGGACAAUGGUGCUUCUUCAAAUGCUGGUUUGGCAGCAAAGCCUGCGCCCAGUGCGUCUGCCCUGCCUUCGCGCAUUUUCGUCGAUCGCAACAACAGUAUUAAGAACACUUUCGUCAGUAGGGUCAAUCUGCCAUCUCCUCGCCCAUCAGAGAUAAUCUCUGCCCGGGACAACAAUUCUACAACUCAACAAGAAGUGAAGGCACUCCUUACUCAGAUGUCCUCUGUAAGGGGCCUUGACUAUUCUUUGACUGAAGGAGUAACUAGUACUGAUACCAUGAUUCAGAAUGAUGAAAGCAAUGGUACCAGCAGGAGGCCAUACCUCGAGAGAAAUUACUCUAUGUUGGAACCGUCGGAUGCAAACCUCGGCAUUUGUGAAGCUGAAGGAGAGAUCUCACUUGAGAGUUUGAAGCGGCAGAUUGAGAUCAACAAGAAGUCAAUGCUUGUCCUUUACAAGGAGCUCGAGGAAGAAAGGAGCGCUUCAGCGAUUGCAGCUAGCCAAGCCAUGGCCAUGAUCAACAGAUUGCAUGAGGAAAAGGCUGCCAUGCAGAUGGAAGCACUACAAUAUCUUAGGAUGAUGGAAGAGCAGGCUGACCAUGACCAUGAAGCGAUACAGAAUCUACACGACUUGCUUACAGAGAGGGAGAAAGAAUUACUUGACAUGGAUGCCGAACUAGACAGUUGUCGGAGGCUACUCCAGCACGACCAAUUUAAUGGGGGGAAUUUUGAUGAUACAGUGGACAAUACACCCGGAUAUGACAAGAAUGUGUCAUUUGAUGUCUUGAAUGCAUCAGAUUUCAUGACGAGCACCAUGUCAGGUUUCGAAGAAGAAAAGGCAUACAUUUUGGAAUCACUGGGCAGAUUGGAGGAAAAGCUUCGCAUUUCUACAUACAAGCUUGCUUCUAAUGAUACCACAAACAUUCAAGAGACAUUGCUUGGAGAUCAUAUAGGGGAUGAAUCAAGUUCUUUUCAGCAAUCAAUUGAGCAGAAGGACAAGGAUGAGUGUUCAUGUUCUUCUUUCGACAACGAAAAAAUGAGUGGCCUAAACAAUCUUCAGGAUGAAAUUUCACUCUUGGAUACACGACUGAGGGCCCUUGAAGAUGAUCAUGAGUUUCUCAAGCGGGUACUCAGUUCCCUCAAAGGCGAUGGGCUUCAGUGUGUACGAGACAUAAUGAGCCAUUUACAUGAGUUGCGAAGAGUUGCAGCUCAAUGAAGAGAACAUGUUUUGUCUUGAGUUGAGAAGUCAACCAACUCUUCUCAGUUCCAUAGUUGAAAUGACACACUUUGAUCUUGCCUUUUCCAGCAGUGCCUCUCGUGUGGAGAUUUACAGCCAGACAACGACACUGCUUCCAAUUAGUCCCUGAUGUGGCGUUGAUUAUAAAUUGCAGUGUUGGGAACACCCAAGCUUGUGUAAGAUCAUCCGUUAUUCUACGAUUCUGAUCUGGCUAACUCUGGAAGGGAGCGCCCACUGACCAAACAUUCUUGUGCUUACCUCGUUGGUAUUCUUUUUGUUGCCACUACAGCAAAUCACUGAUAUAGAAAAGAAAGAAAAAACAUCUCUUGUAUUGAUCAUCUGAUGGGUGCUAAAAUUAGGAGCAAGUUUGUAACUGUACAUGUGAUGAAAUGCUUGGGGUUCUUGGCAAAAAUAUAUUUUUAACUAGCAACAUGAUAAUGAUGUUGAUGCCAAACCAGUGCAGUCUCUUGCUUUUACGAUGUUAAGAUUGUGUCCUCAAACUAUAGAUACAUGUGUCUUCAUUUCGAU